AUGGAGCUUGCCAACCAAAAGAGCAAGCGACUCCGCCAUGACUCAGAACCCCACUCGCCCGAGUCCAAGAUUGCCAGAGUUGACUCCCCCUCUGAUGUCAACCCGGAAGACCCAGCCAUGGACUCCUCCGUCGCUACGGACAUCCAUGACGACCUUCUCGAUAUCCUUGAUGAGACGGAUAACUUACCCGAGCGAGACCCUACCAUGCAGGGCCUCGACUCCGUAAUCAAGAGCUUUGAGGAAGAGAUCCUCGCUUCGGGUCCGGGCUCCGUCAUUCCUGACCCCACACCCGAAUCCGGCGAGUUCCCCGUGCAGCUGGGAUACCUCUUGGAAGCUUCCGACGACGAGCUAGGGCUGCCGCCGUCGGUGACGCCGUCAGAGGAUACGAAGCCCGAGAGCGAAGAAUUGAGCCAGGUGGGCUCGGACGGAGUUGAUAUGGGGGAGUUAUUGGGGUUUGAGAAUGAUAUAGAGAAGUACGAGUCGGUAGGGUUAGGAGACGGAGAAAACGAGAACGGCGGUGGUAUUGUGAGCUUCGACGACGGGUUGUUGGAUUACCCGGACUUGUAUGAGGUGGUGUGGCGGUCGGAGUCGUUGCAGGCUAUGUGA